AUGCCCAAGUAUGAUGAGUGCCCAGUCGGUCUUGAUGCAAAGCUAGGUAAGGCAGACAGCCUGCUUGCGAAGGUGGACUACACACCCGGCUCUGUGCUAGCGAUCGUACCAGCCGGACUCCUCCAGAACUGGCAGGAUGAGUUCGAUAAGUUCUUCGACGGUAUUCAUCCCGGGAUCGUUCCUAUGCGCCUAUUUAAGGCGCACCACAAGGCCGCUAUAGCUUUAUCGAUCUCAAAGGACCCUACUUGCGUUCAAGUAGAUAAAGAAAGCGAUCCUCUCUACGCGCAGGCACGCGGCAUUGUUAUCACCCUACUAGGAUGCUACUUCUCGUAUAUCUGUAAGAUCAACAGGCGGGUCGUUAGAAAGACAAUCCGAUUAACGCCAGCCGGAAGGAAGACCAAGGCGGUGAUGGAGGAACUCCCACGGCCCUUUGCAUCCUGGUCGUUCGUCUACGUAGACGAAAUGCACCAGACCGAGUUUGCAGCAAGCAUAUAUAACGAGAUCCUUAAGGGAAGGGUUAACGAUGAUGCAUUCCUUUUCCUAAUGUCGGGAAAGCAGGAGUGGUGGAAAUGGCUAGGCUGA